AUGUCCGCCAACGAGCUGAACACCGUCGCCGCCGUGCUCCAUGGCUGUGCCUCCCCCUACAACCUCCUCGUCUUCGGUCUCAGCCACGAAACCCUACUGUGGAAUUCCCUCAAUCACAACGGCCGCACCGUGAUCGUUAGCGACAGCGCAUACCUCGUGUCGAAAUUGGAGGAGAAGUACCCGUCGAUCGAAGCCUACGACGUCCAAUUCACGACGAAAGCGAUUGAUUCGGAUGGAAAGACGGAAUUAGGGGAGAACUCUUGGGAUCAACUUCAGGCCGAGCAAGUUUGGGUUUAUUGUAGUAAAAAGUUGAGAUAUAGUACUGAAGCUGCUAAGAAGUUAGAUUCGGGUCUAUCUCAUUCAGCUUCUACAGCUUACGGUGGUGUGGGAUUUGGUUCGAGUUUGUCACAGAAAAGGAACAUUCAGAAGGCUAUAGCCGAUCUGCCUCCAAAGGAGAAGAUAGAAAUUCUGAAAUGCUUGCGAGAUAGAAAGUUCCCAUUGCAAGUCUUGAAUGACGAGCAAAGGAUUUUACUUGAUGAAUGCCAAAAUUUAUUUCCUGGUUGGGCUGGUAUUCCAAGAAGGUACCUGAGACAUAAAAGUGGCAUACGCAAGGUCUUACAAACUGCUUCGGGUUCGGAACCUGUAUCACCAUCUUCACCUACUUCAGAAGAAUCAGAUCCCAACAAUCCUUCACCAUUUGAUCUUGACUACCCUUCACCAUCAGAGCUCGACUAUCCUCCCGUGGCAAUGAAAAAAUAUACACCUAUGGCUUCACAAGAGAUUCCUAGUAACAACAGAAUGUAUCUUGUAAGUGGUGUGAUUGCAAGUUCAAUGGCAGGAAUUGCUCUUGCAGCACUAGUUUUGUUUCUUUGCGUAAAUAAAGAUAGGAGUGAUGAUGAACCGAAAGAUGUGCCCAGAGAUGACAAGCCUCUUCUCAACUUCAACGGUACUGAUUCUCCAGGUGUGACGGAUAACAAUCGCCCGAUGGGUGCACCAAGCAGCUUUAAUUUCAAAGCGACUUCGACUGUUGGCAGUUCAGUUGGCGCUUAUACUGCUGCUUCUCAUGCUGUAUCUGGCGAGAUAGAAGAAAAUGGGGAGGCGUACGUGAAAAUCCCAUUACCACUUCCUCCGGGAAGAGCAUCAACGUCUGCAGCUGGUGGUGGUGGUGGUGGUGGUGGUUCCAAUGGGAUAAUGGGAGCACCCACAGCAGGAACAGCAGCUGCAGCGGGAGGCGAGGCAAAAGCAUCAGUAGGGGCAGUGGGAGGAGCUAAAGAACCACAAGAAAAAGCACCACCACCUACACCGCCAACACCGCCUCCCAAGGCAGUGGCACCACCUCCUCCUCCACCGGUAUUCGGAGCCCCGGCUCCUCCGCCGCCGCCUAGAGGCGGCCGCCCACCGCCUAAUGCACCAGGAAAACCUCCACCGAUGGCCCCCCAUCAUCGACGCAAUUCAUCAAGCGACUCCCUAGCUUCGGACGACUCAGUAGCUCCCAAGGCCAAGUUAAAGCCAUUCUUCUGGGACAAGGUUAUGGCAAGCCCGGAUCAAUCAAUGGUUUGGCAUGAGAUCAAAGCCGGCUCUUUCCAGUUUGAUGAGGAGAUGAUGGAAUCUCUAUUUGGAUACUCAGCUGACCAGAAGAAACAUAGAAGAAAGGACUCAACUUCAUCAGAAUCUUCUACUCCACAGUUUAUUCAUAUUAUUGAUCAUAAAAAAGCACAGAACUUAUCAAUUCUUCUAAAAGCCUUGAAUGUGACAUCAGAAGAAGUCUGUGAUGCUAUGAAAGAAGGCAAUGAGCUCCCACCAGAAUUCAUUCAAAAUCUGUUGAAAAUGGCACCAACAGCCGACGAAGAACUAAAGCUUAGGUUAUAUACUGGAGAUCCUUUUCUAAUUGGCCCGGCUGACCGGUUCCUCAAGGCCUUGAUUGAAAUCCCUUUCGCCUUUAAACGUUUGGAAUCAUUGUUGUAUGUAAGCACGUUUCAGGAGGACUUCACUGCAGUCAAACAAUCUUUCACAACUUUAGAGGCAGCCUGUGAUGAGCUCAAAAACAGCAGACUCUUCCUGAAACUACUGGAAGCUGUUCUCAAAACUGGAAACCGAAUGAAUGAUGGUACCUACCGCGGUGGUGCUCAGGCAUUCAAGCUCGACACGCUCUUGAAACUCUCUGAUGUGAAAGGAACAGACGGGAAGACCACACUGCUGCAUUUUGUUGUGCAUGAAAUAAUCCGUGGAGAAGGAGUAAGAGCUGCCCGUAGAAUGAGGGAGGGCAAGAGUUUGUCCAGUGUGAGGACAGAUGAUCUUAGUGAUGAUGCUUCCCACGACAUGGAAGAGUACUACCGAAGCCUUGGUCUUCAAGAACUGUCCAGACUCUCCAGCGGCCUCUUGAAUGUGAAAAAGGCAGCGGCGAUUGAUCGUGAUAUCAUAAGUGAGUACGUGAUAAAACUUGGCCAGUCCCGUUUCAAGACUAAAGAAUUUCUUGAGAACGAGAUGAGUAGCUUGGAUGAAGAAAGUAAGUUUUUUGAAACUCUCACGAAAUUCAUCAACCAGUGUGAGGCCGACACUGCCUGGAUCAUGGAGGAGGAAAAGAGAGUGAUGGGCGUAGUGAAGAGCACCGGGGAUUACUUCCAUGGUUCGGCAGGCAGGGACGAGGGGGGGAAUCUCUUUGGAAUCGUCCGCGACUUUUUAGCAAUGGUGGACAAGGCAUGCCUAGACGUAAAGAACUCCAUAAAACUGCCAAAGACACAGAGAAAAGAUGCCUUCACGCCAUCAUUAUCGCCUUCACCAUCUCAAGGGUCACCCCCAGCCUCGGAGACCUCCCAUGAGAUGCAGUCGCGACUGUUUCCGGCAAUGAGGGCGCGCCAAAUUGAUGAUGAAUUCAGCUCGGACGAUGAUACCUAAUCUUUUCCCUAAGGGCUCACUGAAGAUGUUAGACUUUCUAAACAAGGUUGUCAUCGGACGGGUUCGCUCGAUACACCAGAUGCCAAGGAUGAUGGGCAGCCACAAUGAAAGAAGGUAUACCGAUGUGAAGAGUUGUGUGAACAAAUGCAGAAGAAUUGAUCUACAGUGUUGAUAGAUAUAAAACACAUGUUUCUUCAUGGCUGUGAAGAGGUUCAAAACCAUAAACUUUUUCUCUGAAAUCCGAAUUUCUUGCUAAUGUCUCUAUUUUAUUAUAUUAUCUAUUGUCUAUAUUCAAUCCUAA